AUGGCACGCGCCGACGAUUCAUACUCCCGCGAGUCGGCCUUCCCUGUCAUGAAAAACCGACUGGCGGGUGAAUCUGGAUCCCUCCAGCGCCCUGUAAAGGCGAGACCAGGCAUUGAAACCGGACGGGCUACCUCCUAUAGGUUUCCGCCUCGAGAUCUCAACAACUCCCAAGAUCAAUUCCCAUUCGAGGUUGCCGACAACUCGCACUCCCCUAUCAGUCUCAAGAAGCGCAACUCCAUGGCUUCAGGCAUGGCUAUGCAUGGUACCACACCGGGCGAACAACCGUGGAAUUCGGAACAGAACAUGAAUAUAUCCUCCGACGCCCUCGACUCUCGCCCUCACAAAAGCAAAUCAAUAAAACCCAAGGUCCACAUCAAGCCCAUUCUGCGGAAACUCUCCCGAGAUGAUGCGCCGUCGACCUCGAUUGAUUUGUCCCGAUCGUCCACUGAACAAGAGGGGCUGGGCAUUUACAUGAACCUCGAGCGAGAGUGCCCACGCAGCGAGCCCCUCGCAGGUGUGAAUUUUAAGAGAACAUCCUCCGGCCUUCACCAUCGAUCGGCCAGUGGAACAUCUCAGUUCUCAAAUGGCUCAGGCUCCAGUGCGACCAAGCCCGGAUCCCAGUACGUGCAUCCCAUGCGACAGACGCCUCGAGCGUACACUCCACCAUUGGGCCGGUCCUACGAGGACUCAAACCGGGAUAGCGAAGAACUUUAUGAAAGCCCCGAGUCGGAACCUUCGUCUACACAAGAAUCCCGUACUUCUUCAGGCCCGGCCCUUCCCCGGCUGUCAUUGCAGAUUCAAGAAGAUUCUUUCACUCGGCUCCCCGGGGUUUCACAGACCAACGUGACCAGUCGACCGUCCUUUGGGUACUCGCGGGAGGCGGAUGGAACUACAUCCCCGUUGUCUAGAACGUCUCUCGACUUCGUUUUCCGAUCUCGAACCCGUACUAGCACCGAUCCUAUUUCGCGUGCAGCCACAGUUCAGGCUGCCCGCCAGGCAUUUGAGGAAAAAGAAGCCGCCAAAAAUCGACGGCUUGAAAAACAACAGAUCAAAGCUGAAGAGAGAGGCCCCCGGCGUCUCUUGAAGCGGCACACGUCGGAAGAUAAUGAGUCUCCUGUGCAGUCUAAAGAGGAGAUUUCUGAAAAGCCCCAAAGACCCGUUUUGCAUGGGACCGAAGAGCCAUCUGCCUCAUGGAAAUCCCAAUCCAAAAGCGCAUGGGUUCUCUUUAUGACCUGGCUUCGAACUAGAGUGUUCAAACUGCGACGGAAGAUUAAGAAACUUCGUUGA